GUAUCAGCACCAUACAAAUUUUCCUUUCAGGCGCCUUUUGUGAAUCACUGUUUGUUACACAACUCUUCAUCAACUUCUCUUUUAAACACAAACUCUUCUCUUUUAUUAUCUCUUUGAGAAGGGUAAUCAUCAUGGAGGACAAUAAUAAAACUACUGCCACAGUUUCUGAUGAGUCUCCGGCUGUGAACUGUGGAAGUGCUUUAAGAUUAAGUUGUGGCGAAGGGUCAGCUGCUAGUGAUGAUACUGAAGCUAGAAUGAAAAGAAAGAGGGGCAGACCGAGAAAACAUGAGCAUGCAGACAUGGAAUCACAGCCUCUGGCUCUUGUGUCUUCUAACUUUUCGGUUGAUUUUGCAGCUAAACGGCGAAGAGGCCGGCCCAAAGGCUCUGGAAAGUUACAGGUUUUGGCUUCCCUUGGAGGUUACUUUGCAGAAACGGCUGGAGGAAACUUCUCCCCUUAUGUUCUGACUGUAAACACAGGGGAGGAUAUUGCUGGUAAGGUGAUGUCGCUUUUACAAAGGUCUCCUCGAGCUGCACUUUGCAUUCUUUCUGCCGCUGGCAUGGUCUCUAGAGGUGUUAUAAGUCAACCUGGUUCUCCUAAUGGUGUAUUGAAUUUUGAGGGUUGCUUUGAAAUUCUAUCUCUAUCUGGAUCAUUUAGUUAUGGUCAAGCGGGCGGCAAUCGUCUAGCGAAGGGCAUGUUAACCAUUUCUUUGGCUAAACCCAAUGGGCAAGUUUUUGGUGGUGUUGUUAAUGGUUCUCUAAUUGCAGGUGGCCCUAUCCAACUUAUUGUUGCCACUUUCAAGAAAAACAUAGCUAAGGAAAUUAAAAGAAGGUAUUCUUCUGACUCUUCCACCGCUGCCAGUAGGCUUGGAGAUUCAAAGAUGGCAGGAAUUCCCAUAAAUAAUGCUAGGAUGACAGAUGACGACGAGAACCCCAGUACACAAACAACUACACUCUUGGAAUUAGCCCAUAAAGGAGUAGAUACUGUAAUUGCUGAAAACCAUCACUCAAGUCCUGCUUCUCCCCAAAUUGUGGAUGAGAAUGCCUUGCAGAAUGUUGGUGACAAUGUUUUACAGCCUGUAUCAGACAAAGGGACAUCUCCAGAUAGUAUUAUUGUUGAAAACCAAACCUCAAGUCCAGCUUCUUUGCACAAUAUUAAUGAGAAUGCAUUGCAGGAUUUGCAACAGAUAUCAGAUCAAGAGACAUCUCAAGAUAUGACUAUUGCUGAAAACAAAAUUCAGAGUCCCACUUCUCUGCACAAUAUUAGUGAGAACGCCUUGCAGGAUUUGCAGCCCAUAUCAGAGAGGGGGACAUCUCCUGACAGUGUCACUGUUGAAAACCAAAUAUCAAGUCCUGCUUCUCCACACAAUAUUGCUUUGCGGCCCAUAUCAGACCAGGAGACAUCUACAAACACGAUUAUCACUGAAAACCAAAACUUGAGACCUACUUCUCAGCACAAUGUUUGCAAGAAUCCCUUGGAGGUUUUGCUGGUUGUAUCAGAAAAAGGGACAUCUUCAGAUGGUUUCACUGCUGAAAAGCAAAUCUCAAGUCCUGCUUCUCCACAGAGUGAUAGUGAGAAUGCCUUGCACAAUUUGCAACCCAUACCAGAUCAAGAGAUAUCUCCAUAUACGACUACUGCAGAAAACCAAAACUCAAGUUCUACUUCAAGGCACAAUGUUAGUGAGAAUGCAUUGCAAGUUUUGCAGCCCAUGUCAGACAAAGUGACAUCUCCCGUUAGUGUCGUUGAAAAUCCAGUCUCAAAUCCUGCUUCUCCACACACUGUCGGUGAGAAUCACUUGCAGAUUUCGCAAACUUUGUCAGACCAAGAGACAUUGCCAGAAAUGACUACUGCUGAUAACCAAAACAUGAGUCCUUCUCUGCAAAAUGUUGGUGAGAAUGCCUUGCAGUUUCAGCAGUCCAUAUCAUAUCAAAAGACAUCCCCAAUUACUAACAUUGUUGAAAACCAAAAUUUGAGUCCAAUUUCUCCACACAAUGUUGGUGAUAACACCUUGCUGGUUCAGCAGUCUUCGGACCCUAACUAUUUGGAAGACCAAAACUCAACUCCUGCUUCUCCACAUAAUGGUGGUGUUGGUAAGAAUAUGUUGCGGAUGUGGCAGCCCAUAUUCGACCAAAUAUUAUCUCCAGAAAUCAAUUAGAGUAUCCUUGACAAGUAAAGUUGUCUUUCUUCCUCUCUCCAUCUAGUGCAAACUACAAAUUAUUUUUGUUAUCCACAUUAAUACUGAUUAAAAUUUAUUAUAGACUUGUGGAAACUGAUUACUGAAGUAGGAACGGCAUAUGCGGUUUGCAUCUGAGGGUUGUAGAUUUCACCAAUGACUUUUAUUGCUAAUAAAAUGAAUUCCUUAGUAUUA